AAUAUAUGCCUAAACUUAUGUACAGGAGUGUUGCUUUUAAAUGUUGCUAAAUCUUUUACCUUUAUGAUCAAUAGUUUCCGUGUUCUGAUAUCCUUGACAGUUGCUCAAUCUCUCUAUUCUGUGAUCAAUAGUUUCCUUCUUCCAAUAUCUUGUUUCCUUGGUUCCCGGCUUGGUUCAUGGAUUGACUUUGUUUGCUCUGAUGUAUCCUUCAUACUGGUAAAUCCUAUAUAUCAGCAAUGGUCAGCACCCAGCACCGAACACCGAACACCAGCAACCUUUGACAUUCAAAUUUCAAACCAGAAUUUCUACAUCAUGAUUGAAGUCAACCAUUAUCUCUAUCUUGCACAGAUGGAAAUUCUAAUAAUUUCUUACUCUAACGAUGAUGAUGAUCAGCAGUAUCUGACAUGCAACAGCACCUACAACUGUGAAAUCUUAAAAGACAUAGGCUACCCUUUUUGGGGCAAUGGCCGGUCCCAAUUCUGUGGCUACCAAGGGUUUGAACUCCUCUGUGAAGAAAGGCAGUACUCCACAAUGGAUGUUGACGGACAGAAGUUUCUAGUACUGGAUAUAAGUCGUUCAGCUGCUGCAACAAUGACCAUAGCUCCUACAGGGAUAUGGGGACAAGAUGCUUGUCCUAAGAAAUUCAUCGACAUCUCCUUGAGCCAAAGCCUUUUCACAUUAGCUCCAUCUGCUCAGAACCUCAGCUUCUUCUACGGCUGCCCUCCACAGACAGAUCACAUACCUGUUAGGAACAAAUUUAACUACACCAUCAAUGGCAGUUCGCAGGAUGCUUAUUUUGUAGACAAAUCGCUGUUGAGGAUUAAUCCUCCCAACCUCACAAAGUGCAACAUCAGCAUCUCUCUUCCUGUGAAUCAGAUGGCUGUUGAAGCACUGUUGAUUGGAAAUGAGGGUGUGGGUAUUGCUCUGAAUGAAGGGUUUGAUGUACCGUAUACCUCAGUUAUCAUGACCUGUUCUGCCUGCCAGAAUUCAGGUGGGAGAUGUGGAUCAAACAUUACAUCGCUUGAGUUCUUAUGCCUCUGCCCUGACCAACCUUACCCUCGAAUGUGUCUCAAACCUGGUACGCAUGUUUAUUCUUUUCACAUGAACAAGAUGUUUCUCCUCAUUGUUUUCCUCUAUGUGAUUCUUGAUCUUAAACAUCCUAAAAUUAACGUUCUCUUGGAUGAGUUCAUAGAGUGUAACCGUUCUGCUUCCUUCGAGUGCGGCCGCCAGGGAACCUUUUACUAUCCUUUUUGGAACGAAAAUACUCCGGAGCCGGAGUAUUGUCAUCCUCUUGGAUUCCACUUGAAAGACUGCGAAAAAGAUGUUCCCACCAUAGACUUCGGCCCAGAUGGUUUAUUCCUCCUGCAGGACGCAAACCCAUCAGAUUACACAUUGAUGAUUGCUCCAAUGAAUCCAGAGACAUAUGUUUGUCCCGAGGCACCACAAUACAGAACUCUGCCGCCCAUUUUCUUGAAAUUCUCCGAAACCAAUACAAACCUCACUCUGUUCUAUAACUGUACUGCACCACCCCCACCUAGUUGGGUACUGCUUGGAAAUAAGAUUGAGGUUUGCGGACCAAUGACAGCAACAGACUCUUCUUUACGCAUCAUUGGGAGGAACUUGAGAAGGAUGAUGACUACAAGUGCAGUACACUACUAAAUUUCCAUCAUUCAACAACAUGGAAGCACGUCGGUGAAAGUGCUACCCAUGUUGCUGAAAGUACUUUAGCAACAUGAAGCAUGUUGCUAAAGCCUUUCUUGGUGAAGCCAUGCUCAGUAAUGUAUCAGCAACAAGGUCCAUGUUGCUGAUACCUGGCACCCUCUUCACUGAUGUACCUCUUGUUGCUGAAAAUGGAGAUUUACCGACAUGGUUCAUGUUGCU